AUGGCCGGCAGGCCACCGCCGGGAGGGCCCUACGACCAAGGCAGAAAGAAUGAUUUGCUGCUCGAUCUCGAUGAUCAGCCCGCGUAUGGCGGCCAGCGGGCCCCCGUGAAUGACGACGAGCUACUUCGCACAUACACGCAGGACCAAGAACAAAACCCCUCGCGGCCGUCGGUCUCUUACGAUGACUUUGUCGGCGCGGGCCAGACGACGCACCCCAGCGUCAAGAACCCGCCGCCUGGUGCGGCAUACUCAUCACCGCGGCCGCCGUACAUGACCCAGAACGAUCGCCAGUUCAGUCAGACUAGUGGUCUGAAUAACUACCAGCGCUAUGCCGACGACUUUGACGAUUACCCAGAGGACGGCCAGUCCUACUACCAGAACCAGGGAGGAAACCUUAAUGGAGGAGGAGAUCCAAUGGGUCGCGACAAUGCGAGGAAUCGUAAUAGCGUCCUCAGCUUGGGCGGCGGCUUCUUUGGCAGGGCGAAAAACAUGCUGGGAAUGGGCCAGCAAGGUUACUCAGAGAUGGAUCUACCGCUUACCCAGGCCGGUGGUCGUGUUCGACCAGAAUCGGGAUCCUCUGCGCCCCCACCGAAGCAGAGCAAAUUCGACAUUAAGAACUUCAAAUUCGGUUUUGGCAGCAGCAAGCCAGAUCCGUCCACUCUCGGUCCUCGAAUCAUCCACCUCAAUAACCCUCCCGCGAACGCUGUAAACAAGUACGUCAACAACUACGUCUCGACAGCCAAGUACAACGCCAUCACCUUCCUGCCGAAAUUCUUGUUCGAGCAGUUUUCGAAAUUCGCCAACAUUUUUUUCCUGUUCACGUCAGCGCUUCAGCAGAUCCCAAAUCUGUCGCCAACGAAUCCGUACACGACUAUUGCACCCCUGCUUAUCGUGCUCUGUGUUUCUGCAGGCAAGGAGUUUAUCGAGGAUUAUAGGCGGAAGCAGGCGGAUAGCGCGCUCAACAACUCCAAGGCCCGGGUCUUGCGUGGAUCUAGCUUUGAGGAGGCCAAGUGGGUAGAUGUGACUGUUGGUGACAUCGUCCGCGUGGAGUCGGAGGAGCCUUUCCCGGCUGACAUUGUCCUUCUCGCGUCUUCUGAGCCCGAAGGUCUUUGCUAUGUCGAGACUGCCAACCUUGACGGUGAGACAAACUUGAAGAUCAAACAAGCGCUUCCGGAAACAUGCCCGCUAGUCAGUUCUGCAGAGCUGGGACGGCUUGGUGGCCGCGUCCGAUCUGAGCAACCAAACAGCAGCUUGUACACGUAUGAAGCUACGCUGACGAUGCAGUCUGGUGGUGGCGAGAAGGAGCUGCCUCUCAACCCCGAACAACUUCUGCUAAGAGGAGCUACACUACGCAACACGCCAUGGAUUCACGGCAUAGUCGUCUUCACGGGUCAUGAGACAAAGCUCAUGCGAAAUGCGACAGCUACGCCCAUCAAGCGCACCAGAGUCGAGCGGCAGCUGAACAUGUUGGUCCUUGCGCUGAUUGGCAUGCUUCUGGUGCUAAGCAUCAUUUGCACAAUCGGUGACUUGGUGUGGCGAUCAUCCCGCCUCAACACCAUCCCCUACCUCAUGCUCGAUCCAUUGGACAGUGCCAGCAUUGUCGUGACAACCAUCUUCAAGGAUCUUGUCACCUACUGGAUUCUAUUCUCCUCUCUAGUCCCCAUCUCACUCUUCGUCACGGUCGAAAUCAUCAAGUACUGGCUCGGCAUCCUGAUCAACGACGACCUCGACAUGUACUAUGACAAGACGGACACGCCUGCCAACUGCAGGACUUCCAGCUUGGUCGAAGAAUUGGGCAUGGUUGGAUAUGUCUUUUCCGACAAGACGGGAACUUUGACUUGCAAUAUGAUGGAGUUCAAGCAGUGCACGAUCGCCGGUAUUCAGUAUGCAGAAGAAGUCCCCGAGGACCGGAGGGCUACUGUGCAAGACGGUGUCGAGGUUGGCAUUCAUGACUUCAAGAGGCUGCGCGAGAACACCACGAAACAUGAGACGGCUGUUGCGAUCCAGCAAUUCCUGAGCCUUCUAUCGACCUGCCACACUGUCAUUCCUGAGCGCAACGAAGCCACGGGCGAUAUCAAGUAUCAGGCUGCCUCGCCAGACGAAGGCGCUUUGGUGCAGGGCGCGCUGGUUCUCGGCUAUAAGUUCGUCGCUCGUAAGCCCCGCGUGGUGAUAAUCGAGGUGGCUGGCGAGGAGUACGAGUACGAGCUCCUGGCUGUGUGCGAGUUCAACUCGACGAGAAAGCGCAUGUCCACUAUCUACCGAUGCCCAGACGGCAAGGUCCGCUGUUACACCAAGGGUGCUGAUACAGUCAUCCUUGAACGCCUGAGCGAGGACAACCCUCACGUCGAGCAGACCCUGCUUCAUCUGGAAGAGUAUGCCUGCGAGGGUCUCCGAACACUUUGCCUUGCCGUCCGCGAGAUUCCGGAGCAGGAAUUCCAGGAAUGGUUUGCCAUCUUCGAAAAGGCUCAGACUACAGUUGGCGGCAACCGCGCUGAUGAGCUCGACAAAGCUGCCGAGUUGAUUGAGCACGACUUCUACCUCUUGGGCGCAACCGCUAUUGAAGAUCGCCUUCAAGACGGCGUUCCCGAGACGAUCCACACGCUGCAGCAGGCCAACAUCAAGGUCUGGGUCCUGACCGGUGAUCGCCAGGAGACAGCUAUCAACAUUGGCAUGAGUUCUAAGCUGCUCAGUGAAGACAUGAUGCUCCUGAUCGUCAACGAGGAGGAUGCCGCGGCCACCCGCGACAAUCUCCAGAAGAAACUAGAUGCCAUCCGCAACAAUGCCGACGGUCAAAUCGAAAUGGAUGCGCUUGCUCUUGUCAUUGACGGAAAGUCCCUAACUUACGCUCUCGAGAAGGACAUGGAGAAGAUGUUUUAUGACCUGGCUGUCAUGUGCAAGGCUGUCAUCUGCUGCCGUGUCUCACCUCUCCAGAAGGCCUUGGUUGUCAAGCUUGUCAAGAAGUACACGGAUGAGGUUCUCCUCGCUAUCGGCGAUGGAGCGAACGAUGUCUCCAUGAUUCAGGCUGCGCACAUUGGCGUCGGUAUUUCCGGUAUGGAAGGUCUACAGGCGGCACGCUCGGCAGAUGUCUCAAUCGCACAGUUCCGUUACUUGCGGAAGUUGACGCUGGUGCACGGCGCCUGGAGUUACCAGCGCGUUUGCAAGACCAUUCUCUUCUCCUUCUACAAAAACAUCACCCUGUAUAUGACACAAUUCUGGUACACGUUCCAAAAUGUCUUCUCUGGCGCCAUCAUCUACGAGUCGUGGACACUGUCAUUCUACAACGUCUUCUACACCGUCCUUCCGCCUCUCGUCAUCGGUAUCCUGGACCAGUACGUCUCAGCCAGACUCCUGGACCGAUACCCGCAGCUCUACACCCUCGGCCAGCAGAACAGGUUCUUCACUCUUCGCACAUUCACACUGUGGAUCGCCAACGCCGUCUACCACUCAAUUAUCCUCUACGUAUUCGGUGAGCUGCUCUGGUACGGCGACCUCAAGCUCAACGACGGCACCAUCGCCGGGCACUGGGUAUGGGGUACGGCCAUGUACGCCGCUGUCCUGGCCACUGUGCUGGGCAAGGCCGCUCUCAUCACGUCAAACUGGACCAAGUACCACAUCAUGGCCAUCCCUGGAAGCAUGGCCAUCUGGUAUGUCUUUGUCGCAGCGUACGGCGUGGUCGCCCCCAUGGCCGGCGUUUCCAAGGAGUACCACGGCCUGGUGCCCAAGCUCUUUACAAACCCGGUCUUCUGGCUCCAAACCGUUGCGCUGCCGCUCCUGUGUCUCCUCCGUGACUUUGCUUGGAAGUACGCCAAGCGCAUGUACUAUCCGCAGACGUACCACCACAUUCAAGAGAUCCAGAAGUACAACAUCCAGGAUUACAGACCUCGCAUGGAGCAGUUCCAAAAGGCGAUCCGCAAGGUCCGACAGGUCCAGCGUAUGCGCAAGCAGCGUGGAUAUGCUUUCUCGCAGGCCGACGAGAGUCAGACGCGUGUCAUCAACGCGUACGACACGACAAAGGGGAGAGGUAGAUACGGCGAGAUGCCAGCCUCGGGUUCUCAGCAGAGGUAG